AUGUCAGGGUGGGACGAGGGACAGGUGUUCUACAGCAACCAGUCGUUCCCCGAGUCGGAAGGGCCGGCCGGCGACGACGCGCUGGGCGACGCGGGAAUCACGCGAUACGCCGCGCAGAAGAAGCUUCGCGAGUUCGUGCGAAACUUCCACGAUCCGCAGUAUCAUGACCGCUUUAUCUACAGGUGCGCCGCGUGCGGUAACCCGCUGCCGUUACCAGCACAGCACAGCAGGCCACCUCGCACCGUGCGGUCCCCGCCCCCGUUCAACGUGGGCCCCUCCCUUCCCUGCGACCAGCUGGGCUUUAAAAUCCCUCACAAACCGACGGAUCCGCGCCGUGAGGUUCCCGUCGUCCCCUGCGCGCCGUGCGCCUUCCCUACAUGCGGUCCGCGCCCUUCCUUACUCGCAACUUCCCUCCUCUUAUCCCGCCUGUUCCUGCCUCUCAUGACCGGGGCUCACAUGGCCGCCGGGGCUGCACAGCAUCAUACGCCGCCGUGUCCCGUUCCCCUCCUCCCACGGCAACCCCCCUUGCCCCCAUUCCGCAGGGAGCGGGUGCAGGAGGGGGUGGCGUGGUGGAGGUUGAUCCGGAGCACGUGGCGGGAGCGGUUGCAGGAGGGGGGCGGCGUGGUGGAGGUGGACUUGGAGGACCUGGCGAGCAAGGAGGAGGGGCUGUGCCGCCUCAUGCGCACGCGCCCCGCUGACAUGCUGCCGCUGGUGGGUGGGAUGGGUCCCCAUGGAUCCUCAUGGAAUUUGAUUGCCCUGCUCUACUUUCCCUUGCCCGUGUGUCUUUCUCAACGUAGAGCAUUAGUUUCUCAUGAGCGCUCUGAGUGUCUUUCGUUAUGUAUUCGUCUUUCUCUCUGCCUGCCUGCUCCGCCUCCUCGCUUCUCCCGCUUCUGUGCUCCCUUCUCUCCCCCCACUCCUCCCUCCCUCUUUCUCACCCGCUUUGUGCUGACGUGGCAGUUGGAGGUGGCAGCAGCUGAGGUGGCAGCGAGCGUGCGGCAGAAGGUGAUGGGGGAGAGUGGGGAGCUGGAGGAUGCACGAGUGCCGCCCGUGCAGGUGCUGCUCAAGAGCUCCGAGGACGCCAUGCCCAUCAGGGCUUUAACGGUGCGUGCCAUGCCCAUCAGGGCUUUAACGGUGCGUGCCAUGCCCAUCAGGGCUUUAACGGUGUGUGCCAUGCCCAUCCGGGCUUUAACGGUGUGUGCCAUGCCCAUCAGGGCUUUAACGGUGUGUGCCAUGCCCAUCCGGGCUUUAACGGUGUGUGCCAUGCCCAUCCGGGCUUUAACGGUGCGUGCCAUGCCCAUCAGGGCUUUAACGGUGGCUUUAACGGUGUGUGCCAUGCCCAUCCGGGCUUUAACGGUGUGUGCCAUGCCCAUCCCGGCUUUAACGGUGUGUGCCAUGCCCAUCCGGGCUUUAACGGUGCGUGCCAUGCCCAUCAGGGCUUUAACGGUAUGUGCCAUGCCCAUCAGGGCUUUAACGGUGUGUGCCAUGCCCAUCCGGGCUUUAACGGUGUUUGCCAUGCCCAUCCGGGCUUUAACGGUGUGUGCCAUGCCCAUCCGGGCUUUAACGGUGUGUGCCAUGCCCAUCCGGGCUUUAACGGUGGCUUUAACGGUGUGUGCCAUGCCCAUCAGGGCUUUAACGGUGUGUGCCAUGCCCAUCCGGGCUUUAACGGUGGCUUUAACGGUGUGUGCCAUGCCCAUCCGGGCUUUAACGGUGUGUGCCAUGCCCAUCCGGGCUUUAACGGUGCGUGCCAUGCCCAUCAGGGCUUCAACGGUGUGUGCCAUGCCCAUCCGGGCUUUAACGGUGUGUGCCAUGCCCAUCCGGGCUUUAACGGUGCAUGCCAUGCCCAUCAGGGAUUUAACGGUGGCUUUAACGGUGUGUGCCAUGCCCAUCCGGGCUUUAACGGUGUGUGCCAUGCCCAUCCGGGCUUUAACGGUGUGUGCCAUGCCCAUCCGGGCUUUAACGGCGUGUGCCAUGCCCAUCCGGGCUUUAACGGUGUGUGCCAUGCCCAUCCGGGCUUUAACGGUGCGUGCCAUGCCCAUCAGGGCUUUAACGGUAUGUGCCAUGCCCAUCCGGGCUUUAACGGUGUGUGCCAUGCCCAUCCGGGCUUUAACGGUGUGUGCCAUGCCCAUCCGGGCUUUAACGGUGUGUGCCAUGCCCAUCAGGGCUUUAACGGUGUGUGCCAUGCCCAUCAAGGCUUUAACGGUGUGUGCCAUGCCCAUCUGGGCUUUAACGAUGUGUGCCAUGCCCAUCAGGGCUUUAACGGUGUGUGCCAUGCCCAUCCGGGCUUUAACGGUGUGUGCCAUGCCCAUCCGGGCUUUAACGGUGUGUGCCAUGCCCAUCCGGGCUUUAACGGUGUGUGCCAUGCCCAUCCGGGCUUUAACGGUGUGUGCCAUGCCCAUCAGGGCUUUAACGGUGUGUGCCAUGCCCAUCAAGGCUUUAACGGUGUGUGCCAUGCCCAUCCGGGCUUUAACGAUGGCUUUAACGGUGUGUGCCAUGCCCAUCCGAGCUUUAACGGUGUGUGCCAUGCCCAUCCGGGCUUUAACGGUGCGUGCCAUGCCCAUCAGGGCUUCAACGGUGUGUGCCAUGCCCAUCCGGGCUUUAACGGUGUGUGCCAUGCCCAUCCGGGCUUUAACGGUGCAUGCCAUGCCCAUCAGGGAUUUAAAGGGCUUUAACGGCGUGUGCCAUGCCCAUCAGGGCUUUAACGGUGUGUGCCAUGCCCAUCAGGGCUUUAACGGGCUUUAA